CUGUGAUGCCCUCCGCCAGUUUCCCAGUUAAACCGCUGCUGGAUAUAACGAAAAUCUCUAGCGUAUUUUACUACAUUUACGAAUAAAAUUUUCACGCUUUGGCGCGUUUAAGCCAAAUCACUUAAGGCCGCUGCACUGCGGCACCUGCCAAAAGUCUGCGUGUGAAUGGCAAAAUACGAUUGAUAACUUUAUUAAUUACGCAGCAACAGUUUUAGCAAUAACUCCUGGACAAUGCCGCUGCUGGAAGCUCAGUGCGCUGCGCAGAGCAUUGGUCCCUUUAACACUAUGGUCAGCGCGUUAAUACAAGCGCUGCUCGCGGCACAAUGCGCCAUCUCACCCCCCGAGUUGUGGCCACCGAACUACGCCAAUGCAUUGCUGGGACGCACUGAGCCAGAUAAGUAUGAUUUUGUUGUCGUAGGCGCAGGUUCGGCGGGUUCAGUAAUUGCCAGUCGGCUGAGCGAGAAUCCAGAGUGGAAAGUGUUAGUGUUGGAGGCAGGUGGUGAUCCUCCACAGGAAUCUGAGGUGCCAGGCGUUUUAUUUUCUUUGGAGCAUACAAAUGUCACUUGGAAUUAUUUUACUGAGUAUAGCGACAAGGCCUGCUGGGGUUUGGUUGAUCGGCGUUGUUAUUGGCCACGCGGCAAAAUGAUUGGUGGUUCUGGUGGUGUUAAUGGUAUGCUUUAUGUGCGUGGUCAUCGCGGUGAUUACGACCGUUGGGCUCAAGCUGGCAAUAUAGGAUGGGGUUGGAAGGAUGUGUUGCCGUAUUUUGAACGUUCCGUGAGCCCAGUGGGUAAUGACAUGCACCCACAUGGCUAUGUAACACUCAAUGCAUUUCCAGUCAAUGAUCCGGAUAUAGAACAAAUGAUCUAUGCAGGCACUGCGGAACUGGGCAUACCACGCGUGCAAUUAUUCACCGCCGGGAGUGAGACCGGGUACUCUAAUUUACCGGGUACAAUAAUGAAUGGGCGUCGCAUGAGUCCUAGCAAGGGACAUCUGGCGAGUGUUGCUAAGCGACCUAAUUUGCAAGUGAUUAAAAAUGCACACGUGACCAAACUGAAUUUCGACAAAAGUGGUAAAAAUGUGCGCUCCGUUAGCUUCACUGUGCGAAAUGAAAGGAAAAUGCGUGUGAGUGUUGGUAAGGAGCUGGUUUUGUCGGCGGGUGCAAUUGAAUCACCAAAACUCUUAAUGCUCUCUGGCGUUGGACCGGCAGCGCACCUAAAGGCAGUGCAAAUUCCUCUUGUACAUGAUUUGCCAAUUGGUGAUAAUCUGCAUGAUCACGUGCAGGUUGUGACUUUCUUGAAAUUGAACGAAGGUGUAGCAUAUAAACUUACGCCGCAAGAUAGCUUCGAUAGCACUUACAAUUAUCUCAUACACCGUAGCGGACCCCUAACAUCACACGGCACUGCUUCGCUGACCGGUUUUAUCAAUACACUUAAAAAUAGUCCCUAUCCGGACGUCGAAUUUCAUCAUUUCAUUUUGCGCCGCGGCGAUUUCUCUGGCCUACAAAUAUUUCUCCAUGGUCUUAGCAUCAAUGAUUCCUUUAAGACACAAAUACGCAGUGCUAUUGAGGUUUCCGACAUUUUGGGCAUGUUUAAUAUACUCGCAGCACCAAAAUCCACCGGAAAUUUGCGACUGCGCAGCGCGGAUUAUACUGAUUCACCAAUAUUAACACACAACUACUUCAAUGAUGCGGAAGAUUUGGCUACUUUACUGCGCGCCAUACGAUUCCAAGAGCAACUAUUGAAGACCGCAGCAUAUAGAGCAAUGAAUGCUAGCUUAGUACUGCCUACAAUCGCCGAGUGCGACGCUCUUGAAUUGCAGAGCGAUGACUAUUGGCGGUGUUACAUCAAAUAUUUCUCUUGUACCACCUAUCAUCAGUCAGGCACGGUAAAAAUGGCGCCCGCAACCGAUGCAACCAGUUGUGUGGAUCCACGUUUGCGUCUACGCGGUAUAGAUAAUUUGCGUGUGGCCGAUGCUAGCAUAAUGCCCAAAGUGCCUAGCGCAAAUACAAAUGCGGCUACAAUUAUGAUUGCCGAGAAGGCAGCCGACUUCAUACGACAAGAUUGGCGAGAAUCGUGGCAGCAGUCCCACUAAUCUUAUAUUUUUAUUUAAAUGACAGGUGUGUUGUGAACAUACUAUACAAACAUUCUAAACUAAUGAGUACGUAGCAAAUGCAAUACCGUUAUAAAUGACUUUAUAUUUUAAUUUUUUAAAUGUUGACUACUAUAAGCACUUUUUAUAACUUGAGAGAUUCAAGUCUAUAGAAUCAGCUGAAUUUUAGGUUAGAGCUUAUAAGUGUUUUGCAAUUUAACUGAUGUUGGUGAUUGGUCCUCAUUAUUUUGUACUGGCAAUAAAGUACUCUCAGAACCUAUCCAUUAGCUGUUUGUAAAAACCGCAACUCAUCCAAACAAAUAGACAAAAUUAAUGCACUCAUGAAAUUCAUGGAACAAAGCAAAUUAGAUGGAAAAGUACUCGUAUCUAAUAUUGGGAUUUAAUACAAAUUGUUAGUUGCAAACCAGCAAGAGAAAUUGCAUCUACAACUCAAUAUAUACAAGUAUAUAUAUGUAUAGUAAAUAAAUUUAAUAUUUCGCACAAAAAAGUAUACAAAACAGAACUCUUAAUGAUAAUACAAUAGAUAAUUUUAUUUUUUAGGAGAAAUAUAUAAGAAAUAUCAGAUCCAAUAAAUACGUUACGUAAAAAAAGUUAA